AUGGCGGAGACGAGACCUGGCUGCGCUUCCAUUCAUAAAGACCCGGCCGAUCGCAAACCGCCGGCGCUGCACAACUUCACCAUCUACAAGUACAGGUACAGGUGGCAGAAGAGGAUCUUGCAGAUCGAUUUCUACAACCAGGCCAUAUUCAACAUCGAGAAGGGCAACCUCAAGAAGCAGUUCCCAUUUACGCAGGUGAAGUCCUGCAUGGACCAGGAGGGCCUGAGGUUCAUCAUUGAGUUCCAUGGCCACCAAAACUAUGAGCUUGAAGCUGCCAGCGCAGAGGACAAACAGAAGAUCCUCAGGAUUAUGAGUGAGAUUCUCCAAGAGCAGAGGGAUGGCCAGGCGUCAAUCAUCAAGUCAUUUAUCAAGAAGAACGAAUAUUCAGAUGUCAUCCUUGAUGGAUUGUUGGAGCUCUACGAUGAACCAACUGGCAGAUGGGUGAAAUAUCUGGUCCAGGUAAAGCGGGAAGAACUCGCAUUUUAUUGCUCGCAGCAGCUGGAGCCGCAGAAAAUCAGCGUCAGCCUAUCAGAAUGUUUCGUGACCGCCGGAACCCAAAGUGCCUCUGCCACCUUCUCCAUCGACAGCAAGGCUAACAAGUACAUAUUUCGUAUACCCAUAAACGAACACAACAGAGGUGUGGAAAAGAGCUUCACCAUGAGAGAUGACUGGGUGUCGCUUCUCCAGGAACAAUGCGGGCGGAGUCAGCGGAGUCCUUCUCCCAGGAAUAGCAUAUAUGAGGCUAUAGACUUCAACUAUAACCCGUCGCAGGCCCCGCCCAGCCCUCAAGACUCCCCCUCGAAUGGCGAAAUGACAAACCUCCUUGAGCCUUAUAAAGACAUAACGUGUAUUCCAAGGAUUAAUUUUAGGCUUUCGGACCAUACAAGCCCAGCAGAAGAGCCGCUGAAGAAUGGAAAAAACUUUCCAGAUAAUUCAAGAAUUGUUAUACCUCCAUAUAUUCCCCCUCCGCCCAUGCUUCCCCCACGCCAGAACACCGCAAAGCGGACCAAAGCUUUUCAUUGGAACGUGGUGCCUCAAGACAAGAUCGGUAAAUCCAUAUGGGCCCAGAAUUCCAUUCAGAAGAAAAUCGAUGUCCAGAGGAUCCUGCACCAGUUCCAAACCAGUGAUGUGUCAACCACCCAGGAGUCAGACAUGUCAAAGAUUCAGAAUAUUCUUCUAGAUAAGAAAAUUGCUCAUAAUUUUAAUAUUGUUCUGAAAAGUUUUCACUUGGAUCCCGAGCAGCUGAAAGAGAAACUGUUAAUUAUAAGAGAGUGUGAUGGCGGAUUGUCGGAUGAACAUCUGACUCAUCUCAGAAGAUACGUCCCCACAAUAAAAGAUAUCAACAUGUAUCUAAGCUACAAGGGACCCCCGUCCGAGCUUCAUAUCGUGGACCAGUUCAUGCUGCAGAUGUGUAAGAUUCCCGAUCUGUGCCCGAGACUCGACACUCUGCUGACAGUACGAGAGCUCCCCGGCCAUAUGACAUACCUGCAACCGCUUCUUGUGCAGAAGAUCAAAGCCUGUAGCCAGCUUCUGAGGAGCCAAGCUUUUUCGGCGGUGCUGAGCUACGUCUUGGCGCUGGGCAAUUGCCUGAACGAGAACGCCGGCAAGGACAAGGCCAGAGGAUUCCGGCUCUCCUCCCUCACCAAAAUGGCCCAGCUCGCUAGUAAAGAGAAGAAGUUCACCUUGAUGCAUGCCCUUGUGGAGCAGAUCCUGUUACAGGAGCCUGAUCUGGCGAAAUUUUCCCAAGAGUUGACGGAAUUUGAAGCCGUUCCUGGUGCUUCCGUCAAAGGUCUCAACGCUGAGGUAGACGUUUUAUCCAAGCAGUUGGAGACAAUAAACCAAUACCGGAAAUCAUUUAAGACCAAACAUCACCGAGCUUUGGCCAGUGAAGAGCAAUUUUUCAAAGACCUGAAGGAUAUUGUGGAACAAUGCGGAGCUGAGAAAGUCGAGCUGGUGAAGAAGGCCGGUGAAAUGAAGAAGCUUUAUGCCGAAGUUUUGCUAAAGUUCGGGGAAGCUGAAGACCAGGAAUCGGAGGAGCUCUUCGGCUGGAUCGGCACCUUCAUCAAAGAGUUUCAUGGCGCCUACGCGGACAUCAGGACCCCGAAAGGAUGA